GAAUAUAACAACUUCCCAGCAACCAGCCCUUUACUUGUAAUUCACUCAUUUUCUACCCCUAAAAGAUAACUCCUAUAACACAUUUACCCCACUCAAACAUUUCUUCCAAGCUGAAAAAAAAAAAUGUCUGAUUAUCUUCCAAAAGAUGUUCUUCUAGAAAUCCUAUCAAAACUCCCAUUAAAACCCCUAAUUCAAUUCACCACAGUAUGCAAAACUUGGUAUUCCAUAAUAACAAACCCUAAUUUCAUUUCCUUCCAUCACAACAUCCUUAACAACAAACCUAAUCGCCGUCCUUUACUCUUCAUUCGUCAUUACAACAUGUUCGAUAAAGUCGAACGUUACGCUUUACACUUUGACGAUGAAGAAGAAGGAGUAGUAGAGUCGGAAUCUGAUGGUGACUCGUUCGAUGAAUAUUUAGACCUUAAAUGUCCUGAAACAACUCGUAACGAGUUUUUAAGGAUUGUGGGUUGUUGUAAGGGUGUUGUUUGUUUAUCUGAUGAUUAUGAUAAGUAUACUGAUACUGUUGUUUUGUGGAAUCCUAUAAUUAGAAAACAUUUGAAUUUGCCUAGGCCUAAUUUGAGGUAUAAUGGACGUGGUUCUUGUAUUUAUGGAUUUGGAUUUGAUGUUGUGAAAUGUGAUUAUAAAGUUGUUAGAGUUGUUUAUAAUAGUACUGCUACUGAAGACUAUAAAUUGCAGUUUCCACCUACUGUUGAGUUUCUUGAUAAAUUGAGGGCUGUUAAGUUUUUGGUUCCACCUGGUGUUGAGGUUUAUUCAUUGAGUAGUGGGGUUUGGAGGAGUGUUUCGGGUGUUUGUCCGUCGUAUAUUUUGCAUCAAAAUCAUUCUGUUUCGACUUAUUUAAAUGGGGGUAUUCAUUGGAUUGCGUCUAAUUCGAGUGAUGAUGAUAAUGUGGAUAGUAGCAAUGAUGAUAGUAGUAGUAGUAGUAGUACUAGUAGCGGUAAUAGUAAAGAUGGUAGCUUUAUUGUAGCGUUUGAUGUGGGGACUGAAAAUUUUAGUGAAAUAAGUUUGCCGGAGAGUGUUUCUGAGAGAAAUGUAAUGAAGUUGGAUGUGAUGGUUACGGGCACGUCGCUUGCACUAAUUGAAUAUGAAAAGUUUUGGCAGAGUGAUUAUUGUUGGGUAUGGGUGAUGAAAGAGUAUGGUGAGGUGAAGUCUUGGAGUAGACUGCAUAAUAUUGAUUUGAGAGGAGGGUUUAGGAAUAUUGUGGGAUUUAGGAGUCACGGUGAGUUAUUGAUUUCUGCCAGAAUGGUAGGGAUGGUUUCAUACAACCCCAAGAAGAGAAACAUAAGCUAUCUUGGAAUCCAUGGAACCAAUCGCUCAUUUCACGGUGAGCCUUUUUUCGAGAGCCUGGCUUUAGUUGGUAAAGAAGAUAGAUUUGUGCAGCAGGCAGAUUCGACUAAUUCGACUACAGAUGUUGUUCAAGAAGUUGGAUCUGUACUGGAUAAUGGUGAUGAUGGAACUGAGGAACAUAAGUAAUAGUUGAUCCAGAUCCUCUUUGUAUAGGGAGAAGGUGCACGCAUACUGGGGGGGACCUUUAAAAUGCUUGUAAAUCAAUGGUUCAUAUAGUAAAUUAUACUUUUGGUGACUUCACAUCACAGAACUUAUGGCGGUUCUCACGUGGCUUCAAACAAUUGUAGCAGGUUACAUAAAGGACACUUCGGUCUUUAAUCUAAGGAGGCAUUAGUGAUCCAAAAAAUCAGGAGUUUGAGAUAGUUUCUGAAGAAGCAUAGAACCGGAGGUUGGUGCACAUUAUCCUAAGGGUAAAAUGUACCAGUUGUUUUUAUCUCAGUCUUUUCUUGUUUUCUUUUUGUCUUUUUUCCUUUUGGGUGGCGAUUCAACGUACAUCAGGAUGCCCUAUCACACUCUUGCCUUCGUUGGGUUAAUGAUACCAAUGGACUUUUUCCAUUUUAAAAAAAUAGUAUAUUUUUCUCUUGUGAUACCCAAGUUCCUCCUCCUGCAACUUCAUCCAUCUGCCUUUUCUGCCUCACCUCUCUAAGUAACCUGCCAUGUAUCUUGACCUCCUCUUCCCUGAAACUCCAUUGCAGAAGCUUUCUUCCUGCGCCUCUGCAGCAUACUGCUGUGUCCAACCCCUCAUUGGGCGGAAGGGUAAACGAAGCUGAAGAGACUGGUGUGAAGUUAGGGGAGAUGUUGAGGGAAGCAGUGUUGCUCAGAUUACAAGCCCUUCAGGAAUUGGAGGAUCAUGUGCAAAGAACUAAUAUCUCAGUUGAGAUUUUCUAUAAGCCUCUGGACCUCAUAAAUGUAAAGAAAUUCAAGACAAGUAGGGGCUACUGCCUAAUCAGUAUCUUGACAAGCCAACUAUAUCCUUCCCCGCUUGCAGUCUUUGUUCGUGUGUUAUUAUGUCUAUGUUUGUUUUCCUUGGCAAGGGUCUUAUCCUGUCUCAUGACAUUGACAAAAAUCUCUCAUGUUGGACGCUCAAGGAGUGCAGUUGGAGAAAGUCUGUACUCCUCAAAGGAGGUGGUGUUUAGAGGGGUGGGGUACCUAUACUUGCCAAACAAAAAAAUGUAUGGUUGGAUAACAGUGAGUGCAUACUGUUUUCUAGCUUUUACUUCCCAAUGCUUCCUUUUGUUUUCUUAAUGUCAAUGAGUACUUGGUUUUUUACAUAGUUCCUUGGAUAACAUAGACGAGAAAGAUUUCGAUUUUGA